ACCCCGGCUCCCGGGCCUCUGGCGGACCGCUGCUGACUUCCGGUUGUCUGUCGUCGCCAUGAAGCGGAGGCUGCUGCUCGUGUCCAACUCCACGCUGCACGGCGGCGGCUACCUGGAGCACUGCGAGCAGCACGUCGGCCGGUUCUUCGGGAGAGACGUGAAGAGAGUUCUGUUCGUUCCCUACGCGCUGCACGACCAGGACGGCUACACGCGCACGGCCCGGGGCGCGUUCACAGCCCUGGGCUACGAGCUCGACUCGGUCCACGAGGCGGAGGACCCAGUGGAGGCCGUGAGGCGGGCGGAAGCCAUCUUUAUAGGAGGAGGAAACACUUUCCGGCUGCUGAAGAGUCUCUAUGACAACCAGCUGCUGACGGAGAUCAGGAGGCGGGUGCUGGAGGACGGCGUCCCCUACAUGGGCUCCAGCGCCGGCACCAACGUGGCGACCGUCAGCAUCAGCACCACCAACGACAUGCCCAUCGUCUUCCCGCCGGCCUUCGCCGCCAUCGGCCUCGUGCCCUUCAACAUCAACCCGCACUACGUGGACCCCGACCCCGGCAGCCGGCACAUGGGGGAGACCAGAGAGCAGAGGAUCACCCAGUACCACGAAGAACCCGAUACCCCAUGUGUCCUGGGUCUGAGGGAGGGGUCUCUGCUGCUGGUGGAGGGGAACAAGGCCUCCCUGCUGGGGACCACCAAGGCCCGCCUCUUCAGCAGGGGAAAUCCGCCGGUGGAGUACGACCCGGGUAGUGACCUCAGCUGCCUGCUGACACGCUGACCAAUCAGGGGGACUCUGGACCUGGAGGCCUCACGCUCUAAUGACGGAUAACAGGAGGCCGGAAAACUAAAUAAAGAUUUCACCAACACU